UACGCAAGUGAGCUAUAUAUAAUGUUGUAAACAUAACAUUUCAAUUGCGGUUGUUUUUCUAUCUACCAAACUUUAUAAAGCGUUUUGAACGUCAACAAAUACCAUUUUCAUUGAAGCAAAUCCACUAUAAUGGAUGAUUCAACAGAAAGUAAUAAUAAACACGUAUACUAUUUCACAACUUUAUAAAGCAUAUAAACCGUUAGCAUUUCGUUAGGACAAUUCCAGAAGUCCAUAUUUUUCUUCCUAUAGAGCGGUACAAUAAACGUCAUCAUGGUGUUGUCAUCUUAUAACGAUAUUUAAAAUGUCGUCGGAGAGGCGAUCUGAUCGAGAACGGAUUGAUGAUGACGACAAAUCAUCAGAUCCAUAUCGUCAUCUCGUGUUGCUGGCAGCAUUUUUCUUCUUUUUUCUUGAAGCUGGUAUUAUCAAAGCGUUUGGAGUUCUUCUCACACCAAUGGUUUUCCAGCUAAACAGCAAUUUUGCAACUGUUGGUGUGAUAUUUUCUCUGCCAUGGACGGUGUCACAUAUUGGUGCGGUAAUUGUGCAGCCACUGGUUAACCAGUUUGGUCUAAACAAGAUAUCAACAGCUGGGGGAUUGAUAGCUGGAGUUGCCAUUACAACGUCAUCCUUCGCUCGUACAACCUCGGGCCUAGCAACCCUCUUCUUUUUCUUCGGUAUUGGUGAAUGUAUGGUACUAACUCCAGCAGUCAUAUGUCUACACCGUUACUACAAACAAGAUUUUGUAUUCGCCAGCUCCUUUGUCUUUGUGGGUUCCCUAACAGGAAUUCUUAUAUUACCCAUCCUAACUAAUGUCCUGCUCGAAGCCUACGGACCACAUAAAGCCCUUCUCGUUUUAGGCGGUCUUUGCCUUAACAAGUUACCAUUCGGUCUUGUCUUCAAAUUGCCAGAGGAAAUUCAAAAGAGGCCACCUGCUCCGGCUUGUGAACACCUUUUGAAGGUAGCGGGCACAGAAAGAUGCGAUGAAAGGAAAAUAUCUGAAAACACUGAAUAUUUACCAAACUCGAAAGAGGGAUGCACUAAUCCAAAUACUGACGCCAAUGGGUAUCAUGCAGGCAUACGAAGACGAAUCUUGAAAAUGCUGUCAGAUCUAAAGACAUUCAUUAGUGAAGCUAAGUUUUUCAUCGCUUUCAUUUUGCCAUGUGACCUCCUGCUUGCGUUUACUGUCAUCAGCUGGACCAUUUUCAUCGUACCCUUUGCAAUCUCCGUCGGGAUCCCUGAAUCCAAAGCAGUCUUCGUGGGAACUGUGGCAGCGGUCGGAGGAUUAGUUGCCAGGGUGUUCAGCACUGUCAUCUCGUACUUUUAUCCGACUUGGGUGUCUGGUCAAUACAUCGCGUUCUGCUCCUUAACGUCGCUGAUGCUGUUUCUUCUACCCUUGAGGACGUCUUACUCUUACAUCGUGUUAUGCUCCUUCUUCCUGGGUAUCGGCAUUUACGGAAGCAUGCUUAUUGAAGCAUUGGUGUCCAACGUCGUCAAGCCAGAUGUGUUUCCCACAGCUAUUUCUAUCUCAUAUCUUUGCAAAGGCGCCAUAGCAGUCCUGUCUGUUUACAUUACUGGAUCGCUGUACGAUUUGACGCAAUCCAUUGAGACAGACUUCUAUAUCCUCGGCGUAUUGGAAGCGACUAAUGUCGGCAUCUUUAUCUUACUUCUGGCCAUCAAGAAGCGACCAGGACCUAGCAAGAGCAGAGAACUAUAAUGAUUCAAUAGGGUAUUUUUUUUUUGCUUUUAAUAUAAAUAUCAAUUAGUGAUAUUUGCAAGCCAUUGAAAAGAUGGGAAAGUCACUCUCUUUGUCGAGGAAAGGCAACGAAAAUGGCCCUGUUUCAAGCAUCCAAACGUCGGGACGCGUCGUCGGCACCUAGAAGAAAAAAAAGGUCGCCUUUCAACCUGGGUUUUUUUUUCUCGUAAGGGUUUGAUUAAGCGGAUUAUAAAAUUACAGGUAAAAUGUUUUAAUACACUAGUUGUAUGAAUUUCCGACUAUAGUUCAACAAUUUCCUUUUAGGUUUCUUUUCAAAAAAGUGAUUUACUCUGAUGAUGCGUAGGUCUCAUGGACAUUACACCAAUUAUUUUUCACUUAUCGAAUAAGCUAAUUUCGUAAUGGUACGAACUGCUAUGCAUACAUUUAUUUAUAUAUAUUUAUUUAUCGUUUUUUGUAUUUGAUAAUAUCUAUAUAUUCAUUUAUGCACUCGUUAAUUAUUGUUAUCUAUUAUUAAUUUUCAAUAAAUCAAUAUUAAAUUUA